GGUUAGAUCUGGCGAAAACAGCGAUCAAACAAGUGAAAGAUAUGGAGCCGAUUUUGUUCAGUUUCCGCGUAAAAUUCUACCCACCGGACCCUUUGAGGCUGAAGGAAGAAAUUACCAGGUAUCAAAUUUACCAACAGCUAAAAAGGGACCUUCUUCAUGGGCGCCUGUAUUGCAGUCCGGGUGAAGAAGCGCUGCUGGCGGCGUGUAUUAUUCAAAGUGAAUUAGGGGAUUAUGACCCGAAGAUUCACGAGGGGAACUACAUCUCCGAGCACAAGAUACUGCUUAAACAAACGGAGGCUAUCGAAGAAAAGGCUAUGAAGCUGCACCAAACAGAGCUGAAAGCGAUGACCCCGGAACAGGCGGAAACCCAUUUCCUCAGGUUAGCCUCGCAACUGGACACGUACGCCGUUGAUCCACAUCCCGUAAAGGACCAAAAGGGUGCGCAGGUGUAUCUCGGUAUUAAUCAUUGCGGUAUUCUGACGUUCGAGGGAUCUCGCAAAACGCAUCAUUUCCGCUGGCCGGAGGUUCAAAAAAUCAACUACGAGGGGAAGAUGUUUAUUGUACAUUUAACGAUAAGCGAGGACGUGAGGACAAAGAAAAAGCACACUGUCGGAUAUAAAUGUCCCACGGGAUCAAACUGCCGCCACGUAUGGAGAUGCGCCAUCGAGCAAAUGUUAUUUUUCACGUAAGUAUCAGGACUAUAC